ACAAUAUAUCAAAUGUUUGGAUUUAGAGUGCAUUUGAUCUCUGUCAAAUGUUUAUAGCACGAAGGCUUGAAUAAACGAUCCGACGACCGUCGGGCUCUCUUCUACAUCUGACACCGAACGAAGUGGACGUAUUUCUGCAAGCUCCGAAACAGUGACUUAACCUAAAAAGGAUACUUUUCCUUCCGAUCAAUCUAGCUUAGGUUUCACCUCGUGGUCCGCUUUCUGUAGUGAGCUUUUCCUUUAAGUAUAAAACCCGAUUUUAACAGUUGGCGACGAGGAAAAACAGAGCAAAAAGUGAAGUGAAGCUUCCGAUAAGUAAAGUUAUACGCGUAAGGAGUGAAAGGUGAGUUGUGCUGCCGGACAGCAGCGGACGGAACCUUCGGCGACCGGAUCAUCAACCAACAAGGCGGCCGGAUUCCUUUUCACGGCGGCUGCGAGAUUCCAGUCGACGGCUUUUUCGCCCGGAUUUUUGAUCUUCGACGGUCGGACGUUUGACCUUCACGGCGACCGCAACCCUUUCGAUCCCAGUGGCGGGAUUUUGAUCGGCUAGAGUGCAGGGCAAUUGUGAACGAUUUUUUCCCCAUCUGGAAUUAGUGGCGUUUUGAUUUGGAUUUCUGAUAUUUUUUUUGUCGGCGUUUGUGAGGCAAGUUUGCUUGAGUGAUUUUUGCAAUAAUGGCCUACGUAUCCCCGAAUAUUGACCCGUACCGAAAAGGGCAAUCUUUUGCUUCGUGGUAUAAGCGACUUGGCUACCAUUUUCGCAUCAAUAAGGUGGCGGAGGAGAACCGAAAGGACCAGAUGUUCCUUUUAGGGGGCGAAUACCUUUUCGAAGUGGCACAGAAUUUGUACCUCAGCGAGCAGUUGCUUGAUGCAGCUCCGCUUGAAGAAUUAGUUGAAAAACUUAAGCAAAAACUUUACAAAACAGACUCAGCUUUGAUUCAACGAUUUAAAUUCGGAUCCCGGGUACAGCAACCUGGAGAAACAGCCAGUGAUUUUCUUUUUUCACUAAAGCUCCAAGCGGAGUAUUGUGCAUUCAAGAACGACAAAGAUGGUCGCAUUCUUGAUCGUGUCCUUAUUGGCUUGUCAGAUGACGCCCUACGACAGAAAUUGUUGGCUGAGGAAGGGGAAAAAUUUGACCUUGCCCAAGCUGAGAAGAUGAUUACCACUUGGGAAAUGGCUGCUUCUCAUGCAAAAGCGUUAACAAAGGAAGAUUCUUCCACACAAAUCGCCUCCAUCGGUAGUCUGACUGGGGGGCGAGGUGCUGUUUUGCAGCGAAUCACAGCUUUAGCGCGGGGUCGUGGUCCUGUGAAAAGCCGACUAGGGCAGCGGCCCCAGUUCCAGUCUACUGUACAACCGUACAACAGGUACAAUGAUCGAGGUAGUUAUCCUUCGCAGUCCAGACAGCCUAGACCGGCGCGGUUCCAGGAACAGCAUCGCCGAUACCAGGAUGCAGCGGUUUAUCCUGCGGAAAUGAGGGACAACCAGCAGCAGAGAAUCGACCAACGAGUGUGCGAAUACUGUGGUGUGCGAGGCCAUGUGAAGAGGAAGUGUUUCCGACUGAAGCACUUCAAGAAGGAUCCGAUCAACAGCAUCGACAUGGAGCAACCUGGCCCGAGCAUGGAGAACAAGUUGUCCAAUAUGAUGAACCAGAUGACCUGGGAGGACAAAAGCAAUAAUUCGGAUCAAGGUGAAUUAGAAUGUAUGCACAUUUCAACAAUUAACCAAAUAAGCAGCCCAUGUUUACUAGAACUAACUGUUGAGGGGAAAAUAAUGCAGAUGCAAGUCGACAGUGGAGCUUCUGUUUCUGUUAUUGGGAAAAAGCUAUUUAUUACUAAAUUUGAUGUUCCUCUUCAGAAAAGUUCAAAAAAUUUAAUUGUGGUGAAUGGUGCCAGUUUGAACGUUGCUGGGGAAGCUGUUGUUUCGGUUGAAUUUCGAAAUAAAACGAGCAUUUUAAAACUUGUAGUGUUAGAUUGUGAGCAUAACUUUAUUCCUCUUUUAGGCAGAACAUGGUUGGAUGUUUUCUUUCCCAACUGGCGUAAUUAUUUUGACAAAUUAAUAACUGUUAAUAAUGUGAUUGAUGAUAAACAAAAUGUUUUGCAGAAUGAAAUUAAGGAUAAAUUUCCUGAUGUUUUUCUCAAUGAAUUUUUUUCUCCUAUUAGAGGUUAUGAAGCCGAGUUGGUUUUAAAAACAGAAAAACAAUUUAAGAAAGUUUAUGACAUUUCCUUCAGGUUGAGGGACAAAGUAACUAAAUGUUUUGAUAGUCCAGAUUGUCAGAAUUUUGAAAUUCUCAUGCAAAAUAGUGCAGACUACAGACGAAAACCUUUUAUUGUUUUGGGUAGAUUGUCUAAAGCUAAUAUUAAGGCAAAUUGGAAGGCUACGAAAUUGUUUGUAUUUUGGUCGGAAUAUCUGUAUCAUGCCAUUUGCAAAGAAGGUUUGUUGCAGUGGAAAACUCCUUUAUAUAACAAUAACAGAUACAUUCCAGGUUUGUCUUGCAAACUAUAUCGGUUGUAUAGUUUGUUGAAGAACGAAUUUAUUGCCUUUUGGAAUGGUAGUUGUAACAAAUCAGAUAGUUUACUUUUUGGAAAAGUUUUUCUUGGAUUGUUCAGUCCAAGAAAACAAGUCGUAGUAGUAUAUGGUGUAUUUGAUGGAGUCGUUUUGCAUUUUGUUGGCAGAGUAGAGAAAUCCAAGGUUUUGACAAGUAUUUUUUCUAAAAAGGUGGAAAAUGAGUUGAUGGAAAAUUAUAUAUCGUGUUCAGAAGUUAUUAAGAAAUUGUUAGCAUAUUUUGCUAGAUUUGGGUUUCCGGAUAUUUUAGUAUCAGACAAUGGUCCUCCAUUCAAUAGUUAUGAUUUUAAAAGCUUUCUUGAAAGGCAAGGAAUAAGGGUCCUGAACAGUCCUCCAUACAAUCCUGCUAGCAAUGGCCAGGCGGAGAGGUUUGUUCGUACGGUUAAAGAUGUUUUGAAAAAGUUACUUCUUGACCCAGAAUACGCGAAAGUAGAAUUGGAAGACUUGAUAAACUUAUUUCUAAUAAAUUUUAGGAACAAUAGUUUGACGAUGGAGGGUUUUUUCCCUUCCGAAAAAGUUUUAGCAUAUACGCCGAAAUUAUUAAUCGAUUUGGUUAAUCCAAGGCGACAUUCUAACCAUCAUAACAUACAAGUGACUAAUAAUAACAACAACAAUGAUGAGCCUUACACCGGAUCUAACUAUAACCUUAAUAAUGGGGUUCAUAAAGAUCCACUGGACAGUCUGAUGGCGGGAGAUGUACUAUGGUACAAAAACCAUAAUCCUAACCAUCAGGCUAAAUGGUUAAAAGUUCAUUUUAUUAAGCGUGUUUGUAAACAUAUCUUACAGAUUACAACUGGAAACGGCAUAACUACAACCGCGCACAGAAGCCAAAUCAAGAUCGGCAAUGAUUCCAGCAGAGGGGUCCGUCGGGGGUUGGUGGUGCGUGUCGAUCCUGAUGUCGAUGAAACCGAUCCACUGCCACUACCAAGUCGCGAAGAAGAGGAGCCUUUCCGGGUUCGCGAUCCCGACCCACUACCACUGCGAGGAGCGAGCGAUGACGAGGAGCCUUUCCGGGGAUUCCCGGAGUGCGAACAGGAUAGGAGAAGAACAUUAUCGGUCAAGCCGAAACGGAAACGGAAAAUUGAGACGGAUUUGGCGCUCGAUGGCCAGCCAAGGCGUUCGAAGCGAACGCGAAAAACUAAUUACAGAAGUGAAUUGAAAUAUUUUUAAUUGUAACAAUUAAUCGAAGAAAUUUUGUAAUAUUAUUUGAAAUACUUUUCUAUUAUAACUAAAAUAGUUAAUCGAAUAACUCUAAAAGAGGAAGGACUGUUGAGUCCGCCAAUUGAAAUAAUUUUAGAGUGACUACUAUAAAAGUAAAACGUGUAUAAACUAACAAUAUAUCAAAUGUUUGGAUUUAGAGUGCAUUUGAUCUCUGUCAAAUGUUUAUAGCACGAAGGCUUGAAUAAACGAUCCGACGACCGUCGGGCUCUCUUCUACAUCUGACACCGAACGAAGUGGACGUAUUUCUGCAAGCUCCGAAACAGUGACUUAACCUAAAAAGGAUACUUUUCCUUCCGAUCAAUCUAGCUUAGGUUUCACCUCGUGGUCCGCUUUCUGUAGUGAGCUUUUCCUUUAAGUAUAAAACCCGAUUUUAACAGA